UACAAUAAAUUUAGCCUUUAUUUCAACUUUAACAACCAUUAAACAUAUAAUCAAAACUCCUUCACCAUUUCUUAUUAAGAAAAAAGCUCUUUACCAUUUAGAAUUCCAAAAGCAAAGAAAGAUGCCUCGUGGAACACUAGAAGUUGUUUUGAUCAGUGCCAAAGGCCUUGAAGACAAUGAUUUUCUCUCUAGCAUAGAUCCUUAUGUGAUCCUUACUUACAGAGCACAGGAGCGCAAGAGUAAUGUGCAAGAAGGUGCUGGAUCCAAUCCUCAAUGGAAUGAAACCUUUCUUUUCACUGUUUCUGAUUCUGCUUCUGAGCUCACUCUUAGGGUAAUGGAAAAGGACAAGUUUAGUAGUGAUGAUAACCUUGGAGAAGCAAUAAUUCCUUUAGAUGCUGUGCUCGAAGAGGGUAGUAUUCCAGAAAGUGUUUACAAACUUGUGAAGGAAGAUGAAUAUUGUGGUGAGAUUAAGGUGGCUCUCACUUUUACACCUGAGAGAAAUCAUGAACAAGGCUACAAUGAAGAGGAGGAGAGCUGUGGUGGAUGGAAAGAAUCAGCAAGAGAUUUUUGAAGUGAAUGAAGAAUUUAAAUAUUUCCAAGAUUCAGAAUUACUGAUAUAAAAUAAAAAUAGUAUCUAUUGUCUGGAAUUUUAAUCUGUGUUUUCUGGUGUGAUGAUCUGAUAGUGUUAUGCUUUGAUUUUCUUUCCUUUUGGUGUAAACUAUAUUAUAUUGGAUAAUUGAUUUUUAUUUUAUGCA